CGAGGUUUGACACGCUCGCUCUGAUUGGUCGCUGCGCUCGAAUUUCCAUUUCCGUUUCCGUCCUGGUUAACGCCAGUCAGCAACCUGAGCACGGAGGAGAAUUGUAGCAUGCGACUGUGAUAUUGUAUUCACAAUAUGGCUCACUUGAAUAAAUCCCAUUUGGAUCCCACUAGGUUUAUUUGCAUAUAUCCAGCUUAUAUCAAUAACAAGAAAACUAUCGCCGAGGGAAGGAGGAUCCCAGCUGAAAAGGGUGUGCAGAAUCCAACAUGUACAGAGAUCGCAGACGUGUGCCGUGCCAACAAAUUAAAUGCUAUUGUAGAGGCAGAUAAGAUGUACACCCGUGAGCCAAACCGCGACGCACAGUUUCGGGGGCGAGUGCGCGUGCAGCUGAAGAAUGAAGAUGGCUCUCCGUGUGUGGACAAACUAUCAUCAAGGAAAGAUGUAAUGCUUCGAGUAGCAGAAGAAAUUCCAAAACUGAAGACCAGGACACAGAAAACAGGAGGAAGUGACCAAAACGUUCAACAAGGAGAAGGCGGGAAAAAGGGCAAAAAGAAAAAGAAAUGAUUGAUUUUUCUAAACUGUCCCAGAUUUACGGAGCUGUGCUAAACCAGAGACAUCUACACGGCGUCCAUCCAGUUUGUGCAAUAGCGAAUCUUCUUAACGUUUAGCAUUACCCUGUAAACAGAGUGUUGCCCAUGCUUUUAUUUGAGAGUUAAACUGCAGCUGGAGUCAUCGUGUGAUGUAUAUUACUAUAUAAAUCAUGAACUGUUUUGGAACAAUGUAAAGCAGGCAGUUACUAACAGGUCCUAAUUUGAGAAUGAAUCACAGUUCUAAGAUAUACCUUAAUAAAGUUUUUAUUUUUUGAAUCUCCCCUGCAGGACACCAUGCUGUAAGAGUGUAGGGGAAAGUAAAGCAGAGUUUGCCAGCCAAUUAAUAUCCCCCUUGUAACGUAUUUCAAGGAUGUAAUAUCACCUGCUGCAUAUGUUUGUGUUUGUGUUUUUUUUUUUUUUUUUUUUGUCCUUUAAUUUGGCAAAUGUUAGCAAAGUUAUUGAUAUGUUCAUUUUUCCAAGUCACAAAAAUAUUUUGGAAAGUUAACAAAUAUAUGAAAAUUUCACAUGUGAAUGAGCUUCAUGUACUCUAUUACAUUUCCUAAUAGCUGAAACCA